CGGCCAGCCGGGCGGGCGGGCGCGCCGGCUGUAUCCCCAUCCUCUCGGGCGCGCACGAGCGGCUCGGGCGGAGCGGCAGGCCGGCCAUGGCCACCACCAGCACCGCCAGCACCACCAGCACCACGGGCUCCACCCUGCUGCAGCCCCUCAGCAACGCCGUUCGGCUGCCCAUCGACCAGGUCAACUUUGUAGUGUGCCAACUCUUUGCCUUGCUAGCAGCCAUUUGGUUUCGAACUUACCUACAUUCAAGCAAAACUAGCUCUUUUAUAAGACAUGUCGUUGCUACCCUUUUGGGCCUUUAUCUUGCACUUUUUUGCUUUGGAUGGUAUGCCUUACAUUUUCUUGUACAAAGUGGAAUUUCCUACUGUAUCAUGGUCAUAAUAGGAGUGGAGAACAUGCACAAAUAUUGUUUCUUGUUUGCUUUGGGAUACCUCACAGUAUGCCAAAUCACUAGAGUCUAUAUCUUUGAUUAUGGACAAUAUUCUGCUGAUUUUUCAGGCCCAAUGAUGAUAAUUACCCAGAAGAUCACUAGUUUGGCUUAUGAAAUUCAUGAUGGGAUGUUUCGGAAGGAUGAAGAGCUGACUCCGUCACAGAGGGGAUUAGCGGUCAGGCGCAUGCCCAGUCUUUUGGAGUAUUUAAGUUACAACUGUAACUUCAUGGGUAUCCUGGCAGGCCCACUCUGCUCUUACAAAGACUACAUCACUUUCAUCGAAGGCAGAUCAUACCAUAUGACGCAGUCAGGUGAAAAUGGGAAAGAAGAGAUACAGUACGAAAGGACAGAGCCAUCACCAAAUGUUGCAGUUAUUCAGAAACUCUUAAUCUGUGGACUUUCCUUACUGUUCCACUUGACCAUCUCUAAGAUGUUACCCGUGGAGUACAACAUUGAUGAACAUUUUCAGGCCACAGCUUCAUGGCCGACAAAGGUGGUCUAUCUCUACGUCUCUCUUUUGGCUGCCAGACCCAAGUACUAUUUUGCAUGGACGUUAGCCGACGCCAUCAACAAUGCAGCGGGCUUUGGAUUCAGAGGUUAUGACAAAAAUGGAGCCGCCCAUUGGGACCUAAUUUCCAAUCUGAGGAUCAAGCAAAUAGAGAUGUCAACAAGUUUCAAGAUGUUUCUCGAUAAUUGGAAUAUUCAGACAGCUCUUUGGCUCAAAAGGGUGUGUUACGAACGUGCCUCAUUGAGUCCCACCACCCAGACCUUCUUCCUCUCUGCCAUCUGGCAUGGGGUGUACCCGGGCUAUUACCUGACCUUUCUCACCGGAGUGCUGAUGACGCUGGUGGCCCGAGCUGUGAGAAAUAACUUUAGACAUUAUUUCAUUGAACCUCCCCAGCUGAAAUUUUUGUACGAUGUUAUAACAUGGAUAGCAACUCAGAUAGCAAUAAGUUACACAGUUGUGCCAUUUGUCCUUCUUUCUGUAAAACCUUCACUCAUGUUUUACAGCUCCUGGUAUUACAGCCUUCACUUUGCUGGUAUCUUAGUAUUAUUGUUGUUGCCAGUGAAAAAAAAACAAAAAGGAAAGAGUACACAUGAAAACGUUCAGCUGUCACGAUCCAAAAAGUUUGAUGAAAGAGAAAAUUCUUUGGGACAGAAUAGUAUUUUCACAACAAACAAUGUUUGCAAUCAGAAUCAAGAAAUAGCUUCUAGACAUUCAUCAUUAAAGCAAUGAUGAGGAAAGCACUCUGAUGGCUAUUUUCUGUAUGUUAAGGGGAACCAAUCUUAGCACCUUUCAAGGGGUCUGUGUCUGUUGGGGAAGAGAUCACAUGGGGGGAAACCGGCCGGUUUUAGGUAGGGAAUUCCCUGUAUACCAGCUUGGAAAUGGAGCGAAAUACCCCUCCCAUGCCAUGUCCUGGUGGGCCACGCCUUAUCAAAAAAUAUUUCCAUUAUUUCAAUGGGCACUCAGGACCUCAGCAUAUGUCCAUAGAGUCAUAUGUGUGCCCUGUUGCUGAAUGUAUGCUGUAUGUCCCAAGGCACUGAAGAGAGGGAAAAAUAAUCAUGUCACUCUGGAUGACUGAGAAAAAUUAACUUCUCCAAAUGAAUGUCUUGCCUUAAACCCUCUAUUUCCUAAACUGUUGUUUCCUAAAUGGUAUUUUCAAGUGUGGCACUGUGCGAACAUUCUUUCACUAUUUGAUAUUGUGUGCUGCACAGGAAUUCCAGAAGAAUUCGAGCAGGAUUAUUUAAGAUUGUGGAUACUUUAAAAGGCAAUAAACAUCGCAGUAUUUGAAGGGUUUUCCUAAAGUUUCUCAGAUGACUACAGUAUGUAGUAGAACUGUAAGCAGUGGCGGAUGCCAAAUUGUAGGUAGUUUAUUUUCCUGGAGAAUUUGAUCACCCUGUGUCAGACAGAGAACCCAUAAGGAAGGACUCCUUAAACAUAAUGAAAGGUUGGUGAUGUAAUACUUUAAGCUUAUUCUUCUUCUUCAAAAAAGAGAGAAGAUGACAAACACAAGAAGGCAGGCAUGGAUGAAGUGCUGCACCCGGCCCGUAGCACCUGUGUGCAUAUACACACCUGCAUGUGGCAGGGGUCCAAGGCUCAGUGGAAGUGCUCUUCACCCCUCUUUACCUGAGUUCUUUGUGAUCCUGUAAGACACAAAAGUUUAAUAACUUUAUAAUCACGUUGGAUUUUUAAGAAAUGUAUCAGACAUAAGUUAUAUAGAGUUAUAAAAGGAUAAUGAAAGUAAUAGCGGGAGAUUGCUUGAAGGCUUUGAAAGAGACAUCAUUGAGUGAAAUUACUGUCUAGCGAAUCACUUUUUUAAUCCUUGAACAGUUGAAUUCGUAUUUGGUUACGUUUUAAGGAAAUGAAAACUUAGAAGUCAUUCGGUCUGAGCCCCCCUUGUAGAGAACAAUAUAAAUUAAUUUCCAAACUCUUUUAACUUCUCCGGUGAAAGUUUUACCGUUAACUCUCGUUAACGGGUUUCAGAUUCUUGAAGCAGAAAAUGUGCUUUUUAUUUUACAGGCCGUUUUCACCAUAAUUCACUUAGCCUUCAGUGGCUGGUUCCUCCUUUGAUCCCACAGUCUUAUGAUGCUGCGGCAGUGGAAGCAGAGGAGAGGGUUGUGGUGCCAGCUUGGUAUCAGGGUUCUGGUGGCCCAGGGUGGUGAAUAAUGGGCCAACAGGGAGAGGAUGGGCAGGGUCUUCUGACUUCACUUUUCUGUGAUCCUUCUUUUGUGGAAUUUAUUUCUUUUUUGCCUUAAAUUUUUAAAUUUAAAUGCAAAUUGCCUAUCUAUGAUGAGUCUCUCUUUUUUUUUUUUUCUGUCAUUAAUAAAUUUGCAAAUGAAAGUUAACAACAGAACAAUUCUUUGGCUUAAGCUGUGUAGUAUUUCAUUUUAAGACUAAAGGAAAAGGAAAUGUGCUUGGAACUUCUGAGGUCUAAUCAGCAAAAACACCUUGCUAGAAUUUUAGCAAUAACCUUGUCUUUGUUGAUAUGAAAUGUUUUUAUUUUUCUAAAGGUAAUUUUUUUCCCCCACCUGAUGAGGUUAGUUAGCCAUGCCCUGUUACCUCCUGGGAAAGGAUGGAUGGCUAAAUAAAUUUUCUGUUUUCCCACACACUUGAAUUUAGGUGAACCUGUAGAAUGUGAGAGGCUGGAAAAGAGUAAUCAUGGAAAGUAUCUGCUCCCCCCACCCCAACCCCAUACCAUGCCUCCUCCAUUAAAUGCUGCAGAGAAUCUGAUCACUAUUAAGAAAAAUUAAACAAAUUUAGAGAUUAAAAGACAAGUCUAGGCAUGUCAUAAAUGAAAACAAGAAAGUAUAAUAAAAGAUCUUUUUGUUCAGCCUGCCUAGUCAUUAACAAAUAAUCAUGAUUUAGUUCUAUUAUCUGAUUAUAUUUUAUUUCUCAGCCUGUAAACUUAGUUUUACUCUUAGCUAUUUUUUUGCUCAGUGAAUGUUAUCAUAGCACUACCAUCUAGAAAGCAAGGUGACAGUCCUACUGAUUUCCAUCCCCCUGGAUUAUCUAGAUUUUUGUUUCUGUAUGACAUGGGUUUUUGAAUAGCUUCUCUUUAAUUUUGGCGAAAUUUUGAUUGUUAAGUAUGCAAUCUAGAAGACAAACUAAAGAAUUCUGAUUCUCAGCUUGACCUUCCUCCUUAAGAAGAGACUUUUUGUGCUCUAUAAAUUGACUAUAUCUACUUGAAGUGUUGUAAGGGUUAAUACUUUACUUCUAAUUAUGGUAGAAGAAUUGAAAACUGGUAUAUCUCUACUAUGUUAAAGGGAUUCAUUGUAAUAUAUGAUUGCUUCUUUUUUAAUCAACAGGAUUCAGUUCAUAUUUAUAUUAUUUCUUCAUUCUUCAAUUAUCAUGAAACCACUCCAGUUAUAUUUUUGGUUAUUAUUUUACUACUCAGGGAAAAAAAUGAACAAAAUAAUUCUUUUUCCUGCGGUUUUAUUUUUUGAAACCAUAGCAGUUAAUUUACUUUGAUGUAUCUCACCUGUCACCAUUUACAACAAGCUUUUUCUUAGUUUUUAAAAUAAACAUUUUUAUUCGGAGCUCAGGGUAACUGAAGAAAUUUACUUAGCUUCUAAAAUACCCAGUAUAAUAGUGAAGGUUUGUUUGGCUUCCAAAAUGUCCAGCCACCACUUAUGCUUCCACCAUACUUUUGAUUAAAAAGUAGUUUUGUUAAUUGAUUCCCACUAUGUGAAAUUCACAUACGGGAUUUCCACAGAUACCAGGUUUGAGGAAAAAAAAUCGCAGUAUUAAAGAAUGGUUUUUAAAUAUGAAGGUAAGGGAUGGUGGUCCAAUGGUUAGGAUGCCGAGCUUCCAAUGCAGGGGGCACGGGUCUGAUCCGUGGUUGGAGAACUAAAGAUCCUGCAUGCUGUGUGGCACAGCCAAAAAUAAAAUAGAGAAGUUAAACUUUUAUAUAUAUGUGUGUGUGUAUAUAUAUGUACAUAUACAUAUAUAAAUGAAAAAUGGAAGUAACCUGAACCAGAGCACUGAUAGUCCUGGGAGGAGACCUCGGUAUUCGUCAGGCACCGUCAUUAGGGAACCUUGUGACCUGUGACCUGCCUUCCAGAGGAAAUUUCCUUAAGAAACCCAGAGGGUGACUUCCCAAAGUUUAUGAGCAGUUGUGUUUGUAACAACUGGAAACGAUUCGCAGCAUCUGUAAGAGUCACCAUCAGGAUUGUCUUCAUGGUCAUUUACUUUGACAACUUGAGCUCAAAGCCCUGACUUUUCAAAAGGUUUUUGAGGCAACAGAGGAAAACCUUACAAUCCAUUAUUUCAGAAGAUGUGGCAGCAUUCCACUUCCACUGAAUACAGCCCUUAAAAUGAGGCUUUCAUAAUGAAAUAGUGUCCACUGAAGAAAAUAUUUUCUCUUUUUGCUUUCUCUGCUUUUUUGGUUUCUGUCUGUGUUACGUACAAUUGAAGAAGAUAUAUGCUAAAAAAUAUUUUAUAUGAAUUGACAUUUUAUUGGACAGGGUUUGCCAACUUCUCAAAUAUUAUUUAAAGAAAAUUUAGUUAUACCUUAUUUUAAACUACAGAAAAUAAUUACUUUAAAAUGUUUCCAUUAAAAUAAUCCUAAAAUGUAUACUUUUAUUCAAGGACUAGAUGACAUAUAGGACAAAAAUCUUUCCUAUUUGAAAUGUAUACCUUGUAAAUUUCAUUUGUAAAUUCAUGACCACCUCUGGACAGUUAGGCUUUUUUUGUUUCCUUAUUUUAAGUUGUCUAAAUUAUUAGUUUACUGAUUUGAAGAGUUUUGCAUUUUAGUUGAAAGAAAAAAAAUUAUUUGAGAGAAUAAUUGUUUCAGAAUGGUGCCUCUUAUUACUGUGUCAGCGAAGCAUUUGUCCCAAGUUUUAGAUAUAAACCAGUAUUUUGUGGAGUUUUAUUCAGCCACUAAUAGUCCAUCCUGGCUGAAGUUGAAUAUACCAGAUUUGACAGAGGUGCAGAACUCUAAAUAGCACUGUGAAAUGUAAUCCUAACUGCCCUCAAGGAUCUAAUAAAGCUACACUUAACCCAGUGUACAUUUAACAAACACCUUAUCGUUUGUACACUUAAAGUUAGAUGCUGAAGUUCUGCUUUCUACAGUCCUUCCUUGUAAAAGUGCUUGUGUAUCAGGGCACACUCUUUAUUGGGAAGAGGAAGAUUGGCAUUAAAAAAAGAAAUGCCACUCUGAAAUGUGGAUUUGCAAGACUAGGAUGCAGAGGGUCUCUAUGGUGUUUUUCUUCAGCACCACGUAGUCAAAUCUAUUUAUAGUAAUUUAUUACACAAGAAAAUUUUAAAUGAAAUUUUCCACAUUGGCAUUUUGUAGGACUGCUCUUAGAGUCAACGACUAAGCUGCUUUUUCAGGCUCUUGUACAGAGCAUGCAGCCAGUUACAUUUUACUUGGUGGGCUGCUUAAUAAUGUUUUUGUGUAUUUUCAGAUAAUAUUUAUUUUAAGAGGUUUUUAACAUUAUGCAAACCCCAAUAAAGAACUGAGUCGACAGGUCAUUGAUUGAGAAGACUUUCUGAAAUGGAGCCUAAAGACACAUUUUUAUGCCAACUAAUCUGUCUUGCCUUUAAAACAUUUUAACUGUCUUCUUUCAGUACACCUUUUAUAAAGCAAAGAAACAAAAACCCCUGAGACUUUAUGUUCUAUAAAUAAGAGUAUAAAGAUCCAUGCAAAAUGACUAUCUAAAGCUUACUCGGUGAUGCAUAACCAUCUCUCCAGUCACAUUUUAUCAAAUUUUGCUACUAUAAAAAGAAAUGGAAAUAAUGAUGGAAAACCAAAAGUUACAGAGCACCAUCAGUGGAAUAACUAACCAUUUUCUUAACAUUUGAAAUGGAAAAAGUGACUGGCUGCUUUUUCCUGGAGUCAUAAAUGUAUCCUGCCCAGUCUCUGUGCUGGAGUAACUUUGAGAAGUUGAUCUGUUAAUAUCCCUCUUUGUUUUUUCCUACUAAAGGGCAAACACAUGUAAAGAAUUUCAGAUAUGCUUCUUUUACGAUAUCAAGUAUUUCUGGUUCUGUAUCUACGGGUUUGUCAUCAAAGUACAUUUGCUCCUGACUUUUUAUUACAGGACAGAGAAAUCAAAUGUCUAGCACACACUCGCUCCAACUUCAGUCACCUGUACACAGCUGUCUCCCCAGACCUGCAGGAGCAUGAUGGAAAGCAAUAGGAAUGAAAGUAAAAAUAAUUGUGGCAAAACAAGAGAAACCCUCCUCCAUAGAGCAUGGAAAUGUGUGAUUUCAUUCCUGCCUUCCUUUAAAGGUUGCAUCUUGAUGUCUGUGUAGGAGUAGUUGAACAUUGUCACCCCAACACGAGGGGCUCCGAGCUCCAGCAGCUGGUAUUCAAAGCCCUUCACUUGCCGUCCCUGGGGGAGAAAAAAUAGAUCGUGGUGUUCUGUGCUUUAUGUUUUUAUGAUUCCAAAAUAUUUUUUUAAAGAAGUGUUAUUUUUUGACAGAUCCAUGAACUAGUUCCUGUUGUCUGGUAAAUGAAAACUACCACUGUGUCCGUUACACUGUGACGUGAUAUUUCAUAACCACAUGUUUCUAGUCUGCGUCCCAAGAGCUGCACUGGUAGCUUAUUGCUGCGUUUCAAAGAUGUUUUUAACUGAACAUCUAAAUGUUUUUUUCCUAAUUUGUGUGUCUUUAAAAAUGAUUAAACAGUAGUUUAAAAUA